AUGCUCUUUACUGGAGGAUACACUGGAGGUCAGUUGGCUUCGUUAUCCGAGUGGCCCCCACACACUCCUGGGGGUCUAAUGAGGGACGUAGGAGGAGUCCUGGGGGGUCUAAUGAGGGACGUAGGAGGAGUCCUGGGGGGUCUAAUGAGGGACGUAGGAGGAGUCCUGGGGGGUCUAAUGAGGGACGUAGGAGGAGUCCUGGGGGGUCUAAUGAGGGACGUAGGAGGAGUCCUGGGGGGUCUAAUGAGGGACGUAGGAGGAGUCCUGGGGGGUCUAAUGAGGGACGUAGGAGGAGUCCUGGGGGGUCUAAUGAGGGACGUAGGAGGAGUCCUGGGGGGUCUAAUGAGGGACGUAGGAGGAGUCCUGGGGGGUCUAAUGAGGGACGUAGGAGGAGUCCUGGGGGGUCUAAUGAGGGACGUAGGAGGAGUCCUGGGGGGUCUAAUGAGGGACGUAGGAGGAGUCCUGGGGGGUCUAAUGAGGGACGUAGGAGGAGUCCUGGGGGGUCUAAUGAGGGACGUAGGAGGAGUCCUGGGGGGUCUAAUGAGGGACGUAGGAGGAGUCCUGGGGGGUCUAAUGAGGGACGUAGGAGGAGUCCUGGGGGGUCUAAUGAGGGACGUAGGAGGAGUCCUGGGGGGUCUAAUGAGGGACGUAGGAGGAGUCCUGGGGGGUCUAAUGAGGGACGUAGGAGGAGUCCUGGGGGGUCUAAUGAGGGACGUAGGAGGAGUCCUGGGGGGUCUAAUGAGGGACGUAGGAGGAGUCCUGGGGGGUCUAAUGAGGGACGUAGGAGGAGUCCUGGGGGGUCUAAUGAGGGACGUAGGAGGAGUCCUGGGGGGUCUAAUGAGGGACGUAGGAGGAGUCCUGGGGGGUCUAAUGAGGGACGUAGGAGGAGUCCUGGGGGGUCUAAUGAGGGACGUAGGAGGAGUCCUGGGGGGUCUAAUGAGGGACGUAGGAGGAGUCCUGGGGGGUCUAAUGAGGGACGUAGGAGGAGUCCUGGGGGGUCUAAUGAGGGACGUAGGAGGAGUCCUGGGGGGUCUAAUGAGGGACGUAGGAGGAGUCCUGGGGGGUCUAAUGAGGGACGUAGGAGGAGUCCUGGGGGGUCUAAUGAGGGACGUAGGAGGAGUCCUGGGGGGUCUAAUGAGGGACGUAGGAGGAGUCCUGGGGGGUCUAAUGAGGGACGUAGGAGGAGUCCUGGGGGGUCUAAUGAGGGACGUAGGAGGAGUCCUGGGGGGUCUAAUGAGGGACGUAGGAGGAGUCCUGGGGGGUCUAAUGAGGGACGUAGGAGGAGUCCUGGGGGGUCUAAUGAGGGACGUAGGAGGAGUCCUGGGGGGUCUAAUGAGGGACGUAGGAGGAGUCCUGGGGGGUCUAAUGAGGGACGUAGGAGGAGUCCUGGGGGGUCUAAUGAGGGACGUAGGAGGAGUCCUGGGGGGUCUAAUGAGGGACGUAGGAGGAGUCCUGGGGGGUCUAAUGAGGGACGUAGGAGGAGUCCUGGGGGGUCUAAUGAGGGACGUAGGAGGAGUCCUGGGGGGUCUAAUGAGGGACAUUCUGGACGCUCGCCAUGUCUGCGGGCGCUGA